AUGGGGGCCAUGCGAGACCUCCAGCUCAUCCCGCACGCUGACCCGAAGGAUCAUGUCCCCAUGCCCUGGCGCCUGAAGUACUGCCUCCACUACCAGGAUGACCACGAGGGCGACCCGACCUGGGACUACGACAGACUGGCGGGUUUGGCCGCGCCGCGAGGGGAUCAUGACCUCGUCGGGGAACUGGAACGCCUCUGCGAGAACACGGCUGCAGCGUGGCGCAGCUCUUCUAGACAGGACGACCCCUCCGAGGCGUGGCAGCCUCUCGUCUCUGACAUUCGGGAAGCAGCCUCGCCCCUCUACCAGCGCGGUGCACCACCUGGCCCGACAAGUGAGUACGCCCAACAACGGCAGGUACUUCUCGAGCGCCGCCGCAACCUCAGCAGGCAGUGCAGGACGGAGACCGACAGGCUUGCCAUCAGGGCCUGCGACAGGGAGAUCAAACGCACCAAACGCCGACUUGACACCCAGCACGUCGAGCAGUUAUUGCGGGAAGCCACCGCCGCUGCGGAGCGAGGACACACUACCACGGUCUGGAAGCUGGCGUACCAGAUUGGCGGCAGAUACCACGGAGUGAGGAAUCGGCGUUUCAAUACGAUACCACACUACCCCCCCUCCCUCGACGAGUGGACGACGACCCUACUGGCGGAUGCGGCAGAAGGAGGCUUCUCGGCAGUGCAGAUUCCUGAGCCCGAAUUUCCAGCUGAGAUCGCCCUGGCGCUGAGAGAGCAGAAUGAUCCAGACGGCACGUGGAAAGAUCUACGCGGUUAUCCCGCGGCAAUUGCGUACAACGACUGGACGGACACGCUGAGGCGCGAGGAGACCCGACUGGGGUUCCUGACGUCAGAGAUCGACCAGACCGACCACGACAAGUACCACACGUACAUCGCCCACGCUUGGCGGAGCGCCUAG